GUUAUCCAUCCCUCGCUCGUAUCACUUAUGAUAGGACAUUCUUUCACCACACUGCUUGUUCCACUUGUUAUUGCGUUGUUCUAUUUCUCCAAUAAAUAUUCCAGACGCACGCCUAUCUUCAUCCUCAACGUCGCCGUCAUCGCCCUCGCUUUCUUUGCAGGAAUCAUGAUUGAUGCACUAGCUAUUCAUGCGAUCCUUUCCCCGACGGACCCAUGGCCACUAGCGUUGAAUAUCUCGAUAGGCAUCCUCGGCAUAUUUCAAUGCAUCUUCGUCGACCUCAUCCUCCUUCUCCGUCUUAUCUCCCUCCACCCACCGCGACAUCUCGGUCUGCCCCGCUUUUCCCUCCUAAUCGCACUCCCUGUCAUCCUCAAGAUUGCUCGCAUAACCAAUUUAAUUGUACUGACGAAACAAAUGGCAGAUGCAUCGAGAGGACCGCAAGGCGCGGAAAAGAUGGCAGCCUUGUGGAUGUCCACUCCAUGCUUGAAGAUCGAUUGGACAGCCCAGGUUGUAGAUAAUACAUAUGCGUCCGUAGCGUUCCUAUGGUCCGUCCGCACUCGCCUCUCCAACAGACAGGGCGUCACGAGUGACAUUCGUCCCGCGCGAACAUCAUUCGCAAUGCGUCUACGCAUGAUUUCCCGUAUUGCUGCCACCAACUUCAUCAUCCCGACGCUCUUCUCAAUCGCCCAAAUCAUCAUCGUCUACCUGGGUGUCAACACUGCCUCAAUAAAUAGUGUUGUGCUCGUCAACACCAUGAUCACCGUUUUCGGCGCUGUGUUUGCAACAGUAUGGGUGGGGAAAGAGAGAAGGCAAGAUGAGGCA